AUGGCUAAACGCAACAUCCUCCUUAUGAUCGCCGACGAUCUAGGCAAGCAAUUGGGCUGUUAUGGAAACACUAAGAUCCAAACUCCAAACUUGGAUCAGCUAGCCUCUGAGGGAACAAGAUUUGACCAGGCGUUUACGUCGACUGCUUCUUGCAGCGCUAGUCGAUCCGUCAUCUACACCGGCCUACACACUCACCAGAAUGGGCAAUACGGGCUACACAAUAACCGACACCACUUCACAACUUUCGAUCAUGUCGAGACUGCACCUGCUCUCUUCUCAAAGCACGGCUAUUCCACCGGCUUGAUUGGCAAGGUCCACGUUGGGCCAUCGGCGGUUUACCCGUGGGAUAUGUGCGCGGAGAGUGACAGUCGUGAUGUGGCAUCGGUUGCUGAUCAAGCUUCGGCGUUCUUCGAAAAGUCAAGUGCAGACGAGAAGCCUUUCUUCUUGACCAUCGGCUUUAUCGAUCCCCACCGGGACUGGACUCGUUCCGGAUUUGGGAAUGACGGCGAGUACGACGCCCGCGUGAAGAAGAUUGAUUAUUCGCCCGAGGACGUGGAAGUUCCACCAUUCGUCAACGACCUCCCCGGCGUGCGAUAUGAAUUUGCCGAAUAUUAUAAGUCUAUCUCCCGCCUCGACCAAGGCGUGGGGAUGGUGUUGGAAGGAUUGAAGAAAUCCGGGCUGGCCGAUGAUACUCUGAUUAUCUUCCUAAGUGACAAUGGGCCGCCAUUCAUCAAUUCCAAGACAACACUGUACGACGCCGGUGUGAGUCUGCCACUGAUCAUGAAAUGCCCCGGCUCACCUUCGGGAAUCACAAACCCCAAUAUGAUUUCAUACAUCGAUGUACUGCCCACUCUUCUCGAUUACGCGAAGCAUCCUAGCCCCGAGCAUCCAGAUCGCAUUGGUCGUUCAAUACUUCCUGUCCUGGCUGAAACAUCUCCGCUUGAGGACUGGGGCCAGGUCUUUGGAUCGCACACAUUCCACGAGGUCACCAACUAUUGGCCGACGCGCAUGAUGCGUAAUCGGAAAUACAAGUACCACCGCAACAUUGCCUGGAGGCUUGAUUUCCCAUUCGCUGCUGAUAUCUAUGGCUCAUUGACAUGGGAAGAAAUUCGAAAUGCCGAUACCAGUCCUAAGAUGAUUGGAUCCAGACCUUUGAAGGACUACUUCUUCCGUCCGGCUGAGGAGCUGUAUGAUAUUCAGGCUGAUCCGAAUGAGAUUCGCAACCUUGCCAAAGAUCCUGAGUAUCAGUCUGUGCUUGAGGAGAUGAGAGUGGCCCUGGAGAAGUGGCAACGUAGGACAGAAGACGCCUGGUUAUUCCGGGAUGGUGUUUCCUUGCUAUUUGUUAGACACCAUCUCGAGGCUGGGUUCGAGGUGCCGGAUCGUUUGGACUUUGAUGUUGAUGCGCCUGAAAGUAAGGGACAGCCAAUUUUCAAAGGAGAUUUGCCCUGGGGUGUUGCAGCAAAGUGA